UCCCUCUUCCCUCUGUAAGCACUGCCUCGCCGGUUAACUUUCUUCUCAUUGUGGUGAUCAGAAUCUGUUCUGGGGCUUGCUGCGCUUGCAAGGUCGCUGCAGGAGGGAGCUCCGAACUUUGGACUGCACCUCAGAGGGCGAGGACAACCUCAGCAAUGUGGAGGAGCCUAGGGCUUGCCCUGGCUCUCUGUUUCCUCCCCUAUGGAGGAGCAGAGAGCCAAGGCCAAAGCCUUGCUUGUGACAAAGCUCCAGAGUGGCACAUAGGAGAUCAAAAUCCAAUGCAAAACUCUGAGGGCACAGUGACAGUGGUUGCUCUUCUGCAAGCCAGCUGAUACCUCUGCCUUCUGCAGGCAUCCAGGUUGGAAGACCUGCGAAUAAAGCUAGAGAGCCAAGGAUAUUUUAACAUCUCUUACAUUGUUGUGAAUCAUCAAGGAUCUCCUUCGCAAUUAAAACACGCACAUCUUAAAAAGCAGGUGUCAGAUCAUGUCGCUGUUUACAAACAAGAAGAACAUGACACAGAUGUCUGGACUCUCUUAAAUGGAAACAAAGAUGACUUCCUCAUUUAUGACAGAUGCGGCCGUCUUGUGUAUCACCUUGGUUUGCCUUACUCCUUCCUUACGUUCCCAUAUGUUGAAGAAGCCAUUAAGAUCUCUUACUGUGAGAAGAGGUGCGGAAACUGCUCUCUCACGAGUCUAGAAGAUGAAGACUUCUGUAAAAAUGUGUCCUCAGCUACUGCGAGUAAAACCUCGGCACCCUCAGAGGCACAUAGCCACCACAAACACCACGACAAACAUGGGCACGAGCAUCUUGGGAGCAGUAAGCCUUCAGAGAAUCAGCAACCAGGGCCACUAGAUGUUGAGACAACUCUCCCUCCUUCAGGCUUGCACUACCACCAUAAGCACAAAGGCCAGCACAGGCAGGGUCACUUAGAGAGCUGAGACAUGGCGGCAAGUGAAGGCUUGUACCUUUCACUUGCCCAAAGGAAGCUCUGACGAAGGGGGUGCAUAAACCAGCUCCUGUGUAAGAUGUCUAAGGAGUCUGGGGCAGCUACCAGCAGCUGCUGCUGCCACUGCCGCCACCUCAUAUUUGAGAAGUCAGGGUCUGCAAUCACUUGACAGUGUGCCGAAAACCUCCCAUCCUUAUGUAGCUGACAGGGGCUUUUCGCGGAGGAGAAAGUCAUUGAAUCCUGUCAGUGUAGGUCUCCUCCAGCUGCCUGACACAGUCAGCCCGUGAGCCCCACAGAAGCCAACCCCACCUGAAUCUGAGAUAAUAAGACCAAGAAGUGAAAAUGACAUUCAAACUAAAUAUUUAAAACGAGUACUCUCCCCAACUCCAUCCAAAGACACAAUUUCAUUUUGAGAAUGCUUACAACCCAUUUAAUUAAUUAAUCAGUGAACUAAAAGUAGUAGAAAUUGGAUUUGUGCAAACACAGAGAAAUCUACCAUAUUGGCUUCAAAAAUUUAAAAUUUUUAUGCCACAAAACAUUUUAUCCAAAUCAGAUUUGUACAAUGGGGCAACUGAAAAGUGACUGCGGCCUUUGGUUAAUAUGUCUUUCUUUUUCCUUUUUCCAAUGUUCUAGUUACAUUGAUGAGAACAGAAACAUAAACUAUGACCUAGGGGUUUCUGUUGGAUAGCUCGUAAUUAAGAACAGAGAAAGAACAACAAAGACAUAUUUUCCAGUUUUUUUUUUUUUUUUUUUUACUUAAACUCUCAAAACAACAGAAACUUUGUCUUUCUACUCUUAUAUUUUAAACCAGUUAAAUCUUUAACAGACUACAUUUUAAAUAUCUACUUAUCUUUUUUAUCUCUAAGACUCCUAGCUUGAGUUUCACUACAUAUAUCUGUGCAUCUUGUUUUCUUCACUUAAUGCUGUAUUAUCCUUCUGAGUUGUGAGCGACUGUCUGGAAAGAUGUAAUGGAAGAAAAGUAUGGUGUUAAUCUGUGUAUUGCUUAAGACAGUAUUUCCAUAAUCAAUGAUGGUUUAAUAGAGAAACUAAGUCCUUUGAACCUGAGCUCUUUUAUGGCUAAUACAAUUAAGCAAGAAUGGAGUACAGAAUUAAUUGGCUACAGUACAGAUUUAUCAAAAUAAAUGCAAUUUAAAAAGCU